CCGCCCCCUGCCGUCGCCAGGGGCAGGCCCAAGAGGAAGAUGGCGGCGGCAGCGGCGAUCGUGAGGGGUAUCGGGGGCGGCCUGGGCCGGAGCGUGCGGGAGCUCCGCGUCCACCUGUGCCAGCGCUCCGCGGGCAGCCGCGGCGUCAGGGACUUCAUUGAGCAGCACUACGUGACGCUGAAGAAGGCAAACCCGGAUUUCCCCAUCCUCAUUCGCGAGUGCUCCGAGGUGCAGCCCAAACUGUGGGCGCGGUACGAGUUUGGCAAGGAGAGAAGCGUGCCGCUUAAUAACCUGAGUGUGGAUGAAGUAGCCAAGGCCUUAGAGGACAUUGUGAAAUGCAAGGUCUGAACACAGUGAACUGCACAUGCUGAUGACUUUUCUGAUAAGCUUUAAUGUUAAACGUGUCUAUCAUUAAGUUAUUAAUCUCAUAAAGGCAUAUGCUUACCCUGA